GACAAUCCACUUAGAGUAAUUAAAACCGUAUAUUUUCUGAAUGUUUUUGUGUCAAAUAUUUUCUCGCUAUGGAGAACUCACAAAGCAAAAGCAAAAAAUCAAGCUUUAUGGUGGAAGACAUUUUGUCGUUAGAAAUACCUAGAUACGGAGAAGAAAAUGGAGGGCGACCAUCACCGGAAAUUAGAAAAAUACGAACCACUUUUUCUAGUGAUCAAGUGUUCUUACUUGAAAUGCAAUUUAAUAAACAAAAGUAUCUCUCAGCUGCAGAACGGAUCGAGUUAGCGCAAAAACUAAAACUUACCGAUAAUCAGGUAAAAACAUGGUAUCAAAAUCGACGAAUGAAAUUAAAGCGUCAUAUAAAACUUCACACCCAAAGCAAUAUAUACUCCCAAAAAAUUCAAAAUUGUUUACGACCUAAUAUAUUUAUGAGCUCAGAGAAAACGCGCAAAGAAUUUUUUUCAGUUUCUUCUGUAUUAUAUCCUCAACACGAACAUGUAUUUAUGAUGAAAAGAGAGCAUGAAAACCGCACAAACAUUUAUUAAAGCCGGUCGUAUUUGUAAAUAUUUUUUUAAAUUGUAAAUAGUAAAAUUAAAAUAAAUAGUUUUCAAUAAA